ACAGAGGAGGGGGGAAACAAAGUUUUGCAUCCAUGGGACUGACUGAGGGAAGUUAAAAUCGCAUCAAGGGAGCAAGAUGAGAUCGUUGCGAUUCGCAUGAUUUCUGCAGCAGACAAAUCUCUUCAAAUGUUGUUGGGAACUCUACGUUGAAGCUUUGAGUAAAGUACGCAAAACAAGUGCUGAAAUCUGGUGGGCAAUACUUUUUCUGACAGUGCAAAUUGACCUAAUCUCGCUUCGACCAAGCUCACAGCGAGGCAAAGAGCGCUCUCCUUUCUCCCAACCCAGUGGAUUGUAGCAAAUUCUAUUGUGAUGGUAAAAUAAAGUCGGAAGAGGGAAAGGGCUGACAAACGAUUAAAAGUAGCCUAAAGUUAUAGUCUACUACAGGAAGCUUGCUAAUCAAGUAUAUUUUUGUUUUUUACAUUGGAAAUGUUACACUUUUUGAAUUGUUUUUUUCAUGAAGUAACUUUUUUGUGUUGACUGUCAACAGAAUGCACUGCGGUUACAAAUUAUGUUUCACUCGCUGCUCCACUUGGUAAUGCGGGGAAACUAUUUAUCACAUAGGAGUGGACAUUCCUUGCUUCGUUUGGUGCGGAUUUUAAUAAGAAAAGGAAAAGGAAUAUUUUUAAACAUGAUUUUUUCUCUAUUUAUCCUUCCUCGUUACUAAUGGACUGAAUAGGAAUACCCGUCAGUCCGAACCUUUUCGCCGUCUUCUCGAUUAUGGAAAGCAGUCUGUGCAGUUACAGUACAGUCAUCCAGAGAGGAAAGUCGGUUUUCGUUGAGGUUCGUCUCCAGGGUGGGGCUCCGUGGGGUUUCACGCUCAAAGGUGGCCUCGAGCAUGGAGAAGCACUAAUAAUCUCCAAGGUCGAGGAAGGUGGGAAAGGGGACAGGUUAGAACACCCCCUGCAGGUGGGAGACAGAGUGGUGGUCAUCAACGAGGUGGAGCUGAGCGGCUUCAGACAGGAGGCCAUAUCUCUGGUCAAAGGCUCUUACAAGACUCUGCGACUCACCGUACGCAGGGAGUGCUGCCCUGGCGUCUUUUGUGGAGAUCAAACGCCCCCAUCCCAGGCCUCCUCCAACCAGGAACCCCCCAGGAACAGCAGGCUGUGCUCUGGAGGUGUAAAACUGCGCAUCAAGAAUAGACGGAGCGAGCCCACAUCCAGACCUCACUCGUGGCACUCCACCAAGCUUGGCGAGGGCCAGACAGAGACCGGCAUGACGCAGAUCUCCCAGGGCAGCAUGGGCGCGCCCUGGCACCAGGCCUAUCAUUCCAGCACAUCCACCACAGAUCUGUCCAGCUACGAGACGGGUUACCUGAGGAAGAGUCCCGACCAGUACAGCUCAAGAGGCAGUAUGGAGAGUCUGGACCACCCCCACCCGGCCUAUAGCUCCUGCCACCAGCUCUCCACCUCCAAGUCGUCCAACAGCAUCGACCACCUGCACAGCAAACGGGACUCAGCCUACAGCUCCUUCUCCACCAGCUCCAGCAUCCCAGAGUACCUGGCGGCGGCCCCUUCCUUCAGCAAGGAGCGCUCCUACUCCAUGGAGACGGUGCCGCAGAGGGGCGGCGCCGGGGGCGGAGCCGAGGGCAUGCAGCAGGCGGACAUCCGCUACGUGCGCACCGUCUACGACCCCCAGCAGGGCGUGUCCCAGGAGCACGAGGUCAGCUCCGCCUCUGCCGCGUUGCUGCGCAACAGCGAAGCCAGAGGAGGGGGCGGAGCAUCCCGAGCCAACCACCGGGGCAGCAGCAGUAGCAGCGGCAGCAGCGGCGGAAGUAGCGCGGGCGGGGGCAACCCCGCCUCCAACCGCCACAGCGUGGGGCCCAUCUGGGGCCAGGCCUCCAGCCGUAGCUCCUACGAGAGCCUGAAGGGGGCGCCGGCCCCGCCCACGCGCAGCGACAGCUACGCGGCCAUAAGGAAUCACGAGAGGCCCAACUCGUGGUCCAGCCUGGAGCAGGCGAGGUCCCAGAGGGCCCUGCAGAAGGGCUCCUGGCACCACUCCAGCGGCUCCGUGGCUUCUGGGAAGGGCUCGUACGGAGCCGAGGGCCAGCUCCACACCGUCAUCGAGAAGAGCCCCGAAAGCAGCCCCACCACCAAGCCCAAACAGGGGGGCUUCCCUUCCCAGCCCGCCGUCCAGUCCGGCCGCUUCAUGCUGCCCACGGGCAUCUACCCCGUGCCCCUGCCCGAGCCCCACUUUGCCCAGAUGCCCACCUCGUGUCCCAGCUCCAGUAGUGUGUACCCGGCUCUGGCCAAGGAGAGAGGGCAGCACCAUCAGGGGCCGCUGGGGGUCAGCAUGGACGAGGUGGCUCUGGAGAACGGAUACCAAAGCAUCCCUCCUCCCCCUUACUCCCACUCCCACUCCCACUCCAGCCAGCUGCACGACUUCCCCCAGCCCAGACCUCCGGCCCAGCAAGCCAUCGACGAGUCCCAGACCAAGUGCGCUCUCUACAGGUCUCACUUGAGGCCAGGAGGGGCAGACAGCCAGACGCCAUUCCCUAGACAGAACCACGAGGGUCCAGCACAAGGCCAGGGCUACAGGCCCUGCUCUGCCCAGUCCAUAGGCCAGGAGAGGAGGGACCCCUACACCCCUGUCCAGCCCAGGGCAGAGAAGCCCAGGUACUGCCAGAGUCCAGAGAAGCUGGAGCCCCAUGUUCACGCCAGGGAGGAAGCCCAGCUCAGACACCCCGUUCCUCCCAGUGCCCACCCAGAGCCGGCGCCCAUGCCCGGUAGCAGGGUGGCUCAGGGGCAGGUGGCUCAGGCCCCCCGAGGGGGCGGCGGCGGCGGCGGCGUCCCCCCCAUCCAGGACAGCGCCCACCUCCGACACCCCAGCGACUCGGGCAUUUUCCAGCAGCCGAAGGAGCACCCUCUGACCCGUCUUGAGAACGCCCUGGCGGAAGUGCAGCGCUGUGCCAGCCCCGAGAGCUCCAGCAGCCAGGGGAGCGGCCAGGCCGCCCGGAGCCUCUCCGUCCUGGAAAAGGUCAACCGCUUCGAGCGUCGCGAGCAGGGCAAGCAGCGCAGCCACAGCGCCAGCCACAGCGCCAGCCACAGCAACCUGGGGCCCCCGAGGCCGACCCAGCCUCACGAGCGCCACAGGAGUGCCCUAUCUAGCACGGAGGACCUGCGGCUCAUGCUGGAGAGGAGCAACAGCCCCGGCGGCGCCUACAGAUCACUCAGCUCCAGCUCGUACGCGUCCGGCAUCGCCGCCCAGGAGGAUCACGUGACCCAGCGGCGAGGAAGCACCGACCAACCCCAGCACAGGAGCAUUCCGGAUGUGGGUUUAGCACUGCAGAGGAGCAAGAGCACUUUCCAGCUGGGGGGGGAUGAGAACAUCCGGGGGGCGGAGCUGCCAUGGAGGGAGGAGUUCCCCUGGAAGGAGGGGCUUCAGGACCUCCUCGGCUCCAUCCACGACACGUCCUACAACCGCUCGUACCGGGACGCCCAGUCCAAGGUGCUCCGCUCCACUUCCUUCCGACGCAGGGACCUCCAUGUCUCCGUCUCAUCCAGCAACCACCCCCCGCCGGUUCCCGCCAAGCAUUUAUCCCUGGAGAGGAGAGGCCCCAAGACCAGCCCUAAGCCUGCCGUCUCAGUCCCACCAUUAGUCCUGGCCCAAACCCACACCACCUCCCCAGUGCAAGGGCCGGCCACCUCCCCUCACACCCCCAAAGAGAGGCACGCCAUCACCCCGGAGGUGAGGGGCAUCAGUCCCCCACAGCUCCCCAGCAUCCCGCCGGUAGGCCCCCCCUCCAGGAUCGGGGGCCGCAAACGGCUCACCAUGGAGCAGAAGAAGCGCUCCUACUCCGAGCCGGAGAACAUGCACGAGGUGGGCCUAUCGGACGCAGAGAACUCCGCCUCCUCCCGGAAAGGGGAUGCGCAGCACUUCCUGUUCACGGAUACCAGCGUGGCCGACCGCCGGAGGAUGUUUGAGAUGGCGGCCAGUCGUAGCGUGGACCCCCAAGCUGGCGCGUCGAGGCCGGACCUACGGCAGCUGCAGCAGGAUGCUCUGGCCGACUACGUGCAGAGGAAGAAAGGCUGGCGACCCGAGGGACGCCACCAUCGCCCCCGGAGCGCCUACCUCCAGCCUGGGGCCUCCUCUGCUGCUGCCGACACCCGGAGCCUGUCCUCCACCGCCAGUCUGAUGUCUCUUCAGGAGCCAGAUUCAGACAGCUUCUUCGGGGGAGAACGCCUCUGCUCUACCCUGCCCCCUGGCCUGCAGGGAUUCUCCUACCCUGGCAGGAGCUCCGUCGGACCACAGGCCCAUCUGGACCCCGCCCCCUCUAGACAAAACAUCCAAGCCUUAGCCUCUGGCCCGGCCUCAGUUCAAGCACCUGAUUCAGGCCAGGCCUUAGGCCCUCUCCGGAGCCUGGGGCUUUCCUUGCAGCACAAUGCGCCCUUUGUGCGGUCAACUCCAGCCCACAGCUCAGGGAAGUCAGCCUCCGCUGAGGACCUGCUGGAAAGCUCGGAGGAGAGACCGGCCCGCCAGCACUACAGAUCCCGCUCCUCACCGUCUGUAGAACAUUCCAACCAGGACGUCCUGUCUGGAGAACUUAAGAUGUUUGGGAUCUUCUCCACGGAGCCUGGACUGGUCGCCCUCUCAGCCGACAGGACCGCGGAGGGCCAGAGGCAAGGGUGCGCGUCCAUGUCCCAGCAGCGCAUGGAGCGCUACAUGCUCAACCAGGGCCCGUCUCAGAGCAACACCCCCGUGAUAAGGAGGGAGAGGCAGAGGAGCGCCGACCGCCAGCGGGCUCAAAGCGCCUCGGGCCUGGCCGCCUCCGUGGGCCUCCCCUGCCCCUUCUCCCCACCCGGCACCUCCGCCAUCCUGGACUGGCAGGCCAGCGAGAGGCUGAGCCAGGCUAACCUCGAUGCGAUUGCCUUCCCCUGCUUGCCUCAGGACAGCACGGCCGCCACCAGCCCAGAGAGCCAGAGGGGCGGAGAGUCCAGAAGCAGCACUGCCAGCCCGGUAGGCGAACGGCGAGGGGGGUCACGGGGAGAUCUGACCAGACAGAUCUCCAGUGACACCAGCACGUCGGAGGAGACGCUGAAGGACUUCUGCCUCGAGGCCCCCCUCCCACCGCCAAAGACCACCCCACCCCCGUCCCCACCCCCACCCCCACCUCACAGGACGGGAAGUAGGAGGCCUCGCCCUCCCUUCGAGGCCUCCUCCAGGCGACCCGAUCAGAACCCCUACGCCCCCAGGAGCCUCCCCUCCCUGCGGAUCUCCGAGUCCGGCCUCCGGGCGGCUUCUCCCCCCGCCUUCACGGGGGAAGACUACGACGAGGUGUUCUUUGACGAGCCGCCGCCCCCCUCCCCGCCUCCUCCCCCGCCGCCGCUCAGAGAGACUGACCUCACGGAGGACUUCCCCCCGCCGCCACCCGCUGAGAUAGCCCCGCCUCCCCCGCCAGUCUGGGAGGAAGAGGCGUGGCACGAGCGACAGGACAACUUCAGCUCCAAGGACCGGUAUAUCCUGGGUUCAGAGAGAAAUCAGGAGGCAGUGCAAUCUCCUCACGUAGCACCCACCCCCCCUUUACCUGCCCCUCCGGUUUGCAGUCUUACACCAGAGCCAGAGCCCCAGGCCCCCAACAGCCUCCAGCAGGAGGACCCAAGCACUGCGGCCUGCGAGGCCCAAGAAAGCCUGGGACCGGAGUCCCAGCUGCUGUCCAGGAGAGAGAGGUCUGCUGAGGAGCAGAGAGUGGAGGCCCUGGCCAGGCAACUGGUGUCCAGGGACAGCUCCCUCUCCCCUCUCCUGGAUGCCUGGGCGGGGAAGAACACCCUGGACCUGAUGGAGGACAUCUUCCCCAAUCACACGGGCGGGUGGGAGCCAUGGCGACGAAGGGGGAGCAGCUGGUUGGAGGACAGGAAACAAGAUGGCGGUUGCUCUGCUGGGCAGGUGCCGGUCCCGGAGCGAGAGAUGGAGACAGACCUGGAUGAGGAGGAGGCAGACCUCAACCAGAAGAAGGUGGAGCUGUUGCAAGCGCUGGCACUAAGCGUGGCGGUGCUGCGCGGCGAGAGGCAGGAACUGAGCGAGGAGCAGGCGCGCUACCGGACCCUCGGCAGUGACAUGGACGCCCUGAUCCAGGAGCGCUGCAAGCCCAACCAACGUGACAAGUACCGCAUGUUCAUCGGGGACCUGGACAAGAUAGUCAACCUGCUGCUGUCUCUGUGCGGGCGCCUCGCCCGCAUCGACAACUCCCUCUCGGCGCUCGAUCGACAGGGGGAGAACGAGGACAGCUCGGAGGGGAGGGAGUCCCUGCAGCAGAAGCGCCAACAGCUAUGCAGUCAGCAAGAGGACGCCCGAGAGUUAAAGGAGAACCUGGACCGCAGAGAGCGUGUGGUUCUGGACAUCCUGGGCGGCUACCUGAGCGGGCCGCAGCUCCGAGACUACCAGCACUUUGUCCGCAUGAAACCGGCCCUCCUGAUUCGCCAGCGCCACCUGGACGAGCUCAUACGUCAGGGGGAGGAGCAAGUGAAAAGGCUGUCGGAAAGCCUCCCUCCAGAACACCACAUCCCCCCUCCAUGUAGCACUGCCACCGGCCCUGGCCCCAGCCUCACAGUCCGUUCCACCACGGUGACAUCACUCUGACCCACUGGUCGCAGUCAGAAAGGGAUAGUACUUGAUGAGAAAGAUACCUCUCCUACAUGAUUACAAGGCUAUUUAGACAAAUGUACCUUAGGAUAGAGAAGCCUGAAAUGAAGGAAGUCGCCUUGUUCACUGUACACAGACGGCAACCACAAAAGGUUAUCUCCACAGGCUGCGGCCCGUGAGUGCUGAAUUUCAGAUGUGCCUCUAUUUAUGUAUUUACUACUCUUCACAUAUCUGUUUCCGAUUUCACCUCAGCAUGAAUUUGUCCCAGCAGUGAGUGAAACACGGUUGAAGUGUGUUAAUUUUGAGCAUAUUUCAAGUUUAGAGACUAUUAACUGUGCAAGUGUAAAAAAAUGUGUGAGAUGUUAUUCACCAUAUACCAUUUUAAAGACUACUACUGCCAUUUUUUCUACAGCCUAGCACAUUUUUUUUUUUGCAAAUUGACUACUGAUUAGGACCCAUUGCUUGAUGCAGCAAACUUUCAUACUCACUCAUUAUUAUCCCAGACGAAGCAUAAAAUAUUUCUACUUUCAGCACUAAAAGAAUAGCUAAGAAAGCUUUAUCAUCAACAACAUUUAUUAUUUAUGUACCAAGAGAACUGAGUAUACUGUACAUGACUGCAUGUAUUGAUCCAACUUCUUAACAUUUUGACUAUUUAGAGUAUAAACAUACAAAAAAAUGAAAUGUUUGAAUGUUGGCUUCUUUGAGAGAAGGCAAGGAAACUUUGCCUCAGCCUGAUUGGACAGAUUGGGGUUGCUGAUUGUGCUGUCUCACUAGCACCAAGCAAAACAACAAAUCGCUCACAUGACUAUUUUCUUGCAAGUCAAUGAAAACAGACACUUUGAAGCACAAAUUACACAAAAAUAUGUUUAUAACUUGCUGUGGAGUUGAGUUUGUUGUCGUAACAGGCUGCUUCCUACACUGUUUUAUGCCUACCCCCAAAAAGUAUAAUUGUAUUAUUCUGUUGAGAGCACUUUUAAAACAUAUUUUUCCCAGACAAAUAUAUGGAUCACAGGCAUAUUCGCCUCAUGAAUUCAUCAGUAAAGGGGCAAUUAUACAUACUGGUGUCUGACAAUUGUAUCUGACUGGUGAAUUUCCUCUUAACCAGAUUCAAUAUUUGCUUUAUGACACUGCGGAGAAAGAGGAGCAUUAUAAAAACAGAUCCUCAUUUUGCAAAAUAAAUCUAUUUUUUAAAAAGA